AUGGAGGCAGCACCGGGUGGUCUCGGGCGAUGUUCUUGCGUGUUCUGGCUCGCCGUGGCUUUCGACGUACUUGGUCUCAUCAUAUUACUGCUGGGUGUAUUCAGAGAUUUAUUCUUCUACGACUUUCUUAUAUAUGCAGGUGCCAUCAUCAUUUUCCUGAGCCUCAUUUGGUGGGUGUUCUGGUACACGGGUAAUAUAGAGGUGUCUCCAGAGGAGCUGGAGGAUGAUGUGGGUUUGUUGAAGAAGGGCAGAGGUUUGGCAGGAGUUGUCAGGAGGUUCUCCAGUCGCCUCUCAAGCGGAAUCAGGAACUCUCUCAGGAGAAAUGGAGUGACCCGAGGUCAAGGUGCAGCACCCGGUCAAAAGCACAGAAGAGAAGGCAGUCAUCCAGUACCAGUAGCUCUAGCAAUGACCUCUCAUGAUAACCUGAGCACUGUGUCUGCAACAGUGACUGGAGAAACACAGGCCAUAUGA